AUGUGUUUUUCUACAGAACAAGUUUUAAUUAUGAAGGAAGUUGCUGUUAUUCAAAUAAAGGAAAUAUGUGACACAGGUGAAGUUCAUCAAGAUGCCGACUGCAACAAUCCAGAAAUGCAAAAUAAUGGAAAAAGUGCACAAAAUGGAAAUUUUAAGAACAACAAGGGAAAAGACAAAAAAGAACCCAGUACAAAGGCACCAAAAGAUAUGGUGGGAUUUCUGGAUCUAUUGCAGUAUGCUGAUGUUUGGGAUAUCGUUCUGAUGAUCACUGGCCUGGUUUGUGCUGUUGCUAAUGGUACAGGACUGCCGCUCUUAAUCAUUGUGUUUGGGCAGAUGACAGAUAUCUUUGUCCAAAGUGGUUUAAAUGUUACGAUUUCAAAUGCAUCUGGUUGUGCCGUCUUUCAAACCAUUGAUAUAGAAGCAGAAAUGACCAGGUUUUCAUAUUACUAUGUUGCUCUUGGGUGUGCUGUAUUUACUUUAAGCACGUUUCAAAUUUGGGCAUUUUUACUUGCUGCAACAAGACAGAUUUUACGGAUUCGCCAGAAGUUUUUUAGAGCUGUUCUUCAUCAGGACAUGGCUUGGUUUGAUUCAAGCCAAAUUGGGACUCUUAAUACAAGACUAACUGAUGACAUUAAUACUAUACACGAAGGUCUUGGUGAUAAAAUGUGUAUAGUUGUACAAUUUGUAUCCUCUUUUCUAACUGGAAUCAUCAUUGGGUUUGUGAAUGGUUGGAAACUGACAUUGGUAAUCUUGUCAAUCAGUCCUCUUCUUGGUGUAUCAGCAGCAGUUUGGACCAAGUUGGUUGCGUCAUUUACCAGUAAAGAGCUAGAUGCUUAUGCCAGGGCUGGUGCAGUUGCUGAGGAGAUCUUAACAGCAAUACGGACUGUUAUUGCAUUUAAUGGACAACAAAAGGCACUAGCCAGGUAUGAUGCUAAUCUACAUGAUGCACAAAAUGUUGGUAUAAAAAAAUCAGUUACAACAAACACAUCAAUGGGAUUAUCACAAUUCCUAAUAUUUGGAGCAUAUGCACUGGCAUUCUGGUAUGGGACAAAGUUAACAGUGGAUGAGCCUGAAAACUACACCAUAGGAAAAGUCCUAAUUGUGUUUUUUGCUGUGUUGGUCGGCACAUUCUCAGUUGGCCAAGCUUCCCCAAAUAUUGAAAGCAUUGCCAUUGCUAGAGGAGCUGCCUUUGAAGUAUACAAAAUCAUAAUGAAGUCUCGUCCAAUAGAUAGCAGUUCAAGGAAAGGACACAAGCCGAACAGAUUAAUUGGACACAUAGAAUUUAAAAACAUCCACUUUGCAUACCCCAGUCGCCCAGAUAUAACUGUUUUAAAUGGUCUGAACUUGAAGGUAGAAGCUGGAAAGACUAUAGCACUUGUUGGCAUGAGUGGAUGUGGAAAGAGUACUACAAUUCAAUUACUCCAGAGGUUCUAUGAUCCACUUUGUGGGGAGAUUAUGUUGGAUGGCCAUGAUUUGCGUACACUCAACGUAAAAUGGUUGAGAGAAAAUAUUGGUGUGGUUAGUCAAGAACCAGUUUUGUUUGGGACAACAAUUAGUGAAAAUAUCCGCUAUGGAAGAGAGGAUGUAACUGAUGAAGAAAUUGAACAAGCAUCAAAAGAAGCCAAUGCCUUUGAUUUCAUAUCAAAACUUCCUGAUCAAUUUAACACAAUGGUAGGAGAACGAGGAGCUCAGCUAAGUGGAGGUCAAAAGCAGAGGAUAGCCAUAGCCCGAGCCCUUGUACGGAAUCCAAAGAUUCUUCUCCUUGAUGAAGCAACAUCAGCUCUGGAUACACAAAGUGAAGCCAUAGUUCAAGCUGCCCUAGAUAAGGCAAGAACAGGCCGUACCACUAUUGUAGUAGCUCAUAGACUUUCUACAAUAAGAACAGCAGAUGUCAUUGCUGGUGUUCAGGAUGGAAUUCUUGCAGAGGAAGGAUCGCAUGAUGAGCUUAUGAAUAAGCAAGGGAUUUACUAUAGUCUUGUGAUGCAGCAGAAUUGUGAUCAAGACCAUAAAAGAAAAGAAGAAGAAGAAACAGAGGACUAUUUAUUUAAUCAAACUACAGAAGAAAAGGUUUUGGAUUAUGAGGUGCAGGAUUUUCAAGAAAUUGAAUCAUCUUUCCAAGAUUCAAAUUGUCCUGGGACAAAGAAAAGAGAAAGUUUUAGAAAAAGAUCUAUGACAAGUGAGAGCAAGAGAUCCUCAAAAAUAAAAUCUAAGUUAAAAGCAACUUGUGCAAAGGAGGAAGAAGAUAUGCUGCCUGAAAUAUCAUUAAGGAGGAUUUUAAAAUUAAACAAACCUGAAUGGUUGUACAUUGCCAUUGGAAUAAUAGCUGCUGCAAUCUCUGGUGGUAUAUACCCAACAUUUGCAGUUAUUUUUGGAAAAGUUAUUGGGACAUUCCAAGAACUGGACCCUAUAAAAAAGAGCCAGAAAACAUCUCUUUUAUCACUUAUCUUUUUUAUUCUAGGACUGAUAAGCUUUGUUGUACAUGUUAUCAUGGGUUUUACGUUUGGAAGAUCUGGUGAGACUCUAACUAUGAGACUGCGAUCACUGUCUUUUAAAGCAUUGCUACAACAGGAUGUUGGAUUCUUCGAUGAUCACAAAAAUGCGGUUGGAGUCCUGUUAACAAGACUUGCAACAGAUGCUUCUCAAGUAAAAGGGGCUACUGGAAGCCGUUUAGGAUUAAUUACGAUGACAGUGUGCACACUUCUUGCAGCAAUUCUUAUUGCUUUUAUCCAUGGCUGGCAGCUGACACUGUUAAUUUUGGCAUGUGUUCCAAUUUUAAUUGGUGCAAAUAUCAUUAGGAUGACAUCUAUAGCAGGUCACGCUUCAAAGGAUCAGAAAGCCUUAGAGGAAGCUGGAAGAAUCUCAACAGAAGCGGUUGAAAAUAUAAGAACAGUGGUAUCAUUAACAAGAGAGGAUGCAUUUUACAACAGAUAUAAUGCAAGUUUAGGAGGACCAUAUAGGGAUGCCCUGGGAAAAGCACCCAUAUAUGGAGCCACAUAUGCAGUUGCCCAGUCAAUCAACUACUUUGUUAAUGCAGCUGUGUUUAGAUUUGGGGCCUGGCUUAUAGCUCAUUGCUACAUGCAGUUUGAAAAUGUUUUUAUAGUAUUUUCUGCCAUUAUUUUUGCUGCUAUGAGUAUUGGACAAUCAAAUUCAUUUGCACCAGAUUUUGGAAAGGCGAAAGCUUCUGCUCAGCGCAUUUUUAAAUUGUUGGAUAGAAAACCAAUCAUUGACAGCGACAGUGAUGCAGGAAAAACUUUGAAAGAUUUUGAAGGGAAUCUUGAAUUCAGAAACAUUAAAUUUGCUUAUCCAACAAGACCAAAUGUUCAAGUUCUCCAGGGACUCAGCAUUAAAGUUUCCAAAGGACAAACCCUUGCACUAGUGGGGAGCAGUGGAUGUGGAAAAAGUACUUCCAUUCAGUUACUUGAAAGGUUUUAUGAUCCCUUGGACGGACAAGUGUUUGCUGAUGGAAUAGACACUAAAUCUCUCAAUUUGAAGUGGCUGAGGUCUCAGUUAGGAAUUGUAUCACAGGAGCCCAUGCUUUUUGAUUGUAGUAUCAGUGAAAAUAUAAAGUAUGGUGACAAUGACAGAACUGUUACUCAAGAAGAUGUCAUAGAAGCAGCAAAAACAGCGAACAUCCACUCAUUCAUUGAAAGUCUACCAGAGGGAUAUAAUACACGGGUUGGAGAUAAAGGAGCUCAGCUCUCUGGCGGUCAGAAGCAGAGAAUUGCAAUUGCACGUGCUCUUGUGCGAAAACCCAAGGUGCUAUUAUUGGAUGAAGCUACAUCUGCUCUUGACACUGAAAGUGAAAAGAUUGUGCAAAAAGCAUUAGAUGAUGCGAGACAGGGGCGAACAUGCAUUGUUAUCGCACAUCGCCUAACAACGGUGCAGAAUGCUGACAUCAUUGCUGUGAUACAAAAUGGAGUGGUGGUUGAGCAAGGAACCCAUAACCAAUUACUGGCAAAGCAGGCAGCAUAUUAUGCUCUUGUAAAUUCACAAGUAUCUACCUGA